AUGUCGAAUCGGUGGAUUGUUCGCGUGAAGGGAGGCGAAAGGGCAGCUCGACGAGUUGCGGAGAUUCACGGUUUCCGCCUUGUGGGACCGCGUCGUGUGGUAGCGACGAGUCUCGGGCGAGAACGUCUCGACUCGGUAGUCGCGAGUUCACCCGAUGCUCCAGGAAUGAAGGUGCUUAUUGAGACGACGAAGCGUAUGUACGAGUUCGAACUGAGAGAGACGAACGGGCGAACGAAACGCAGCACGUCGGACGCUGAACUCGAGCUGCGAAGAGACCCGAAGGUCGUUCUUCCCGUCGACACGCGUUUGCCACGUUAUCAUUCUCACGUGAUUUCGCAGGUGGCCACUCUAUGGAGAGAACCCAAGCUGUUGCGCGAAACGCGACAACGACCGCUAGACGAGCCUCUCUACAGACGCGGCUGGAAGGCUCACGGCAUCGUGGCGCAGUGUGCAGCGAAGUCGGGCGCGUUCAUGAACGUCGUCUCGGUCUGGGAGCGGAACAUCACUGGCAAAGGGGCCGUCGUCACCAUCCUCGAUGACGGUCUGGAAUGGACUCAUCCCGACAUCAAGCCUAACUACGACUAUAAUGCCAGUUAUGAUUUCAAUGGCGAAGACGAGGAUCCCUCGCCGAGAUACAGACCGUCGAAUAGACAUGGGACGAGAUGCGCUGGUGUGGUUGCUGCAGCGUUUCGUAAGAACUCGACAUGUGGUGGUCCAGGCAUCGCAUUCAAUGCAGGAGUCGGAGGAGUUCGGAUGCUGGACGGCGUGGUUACUGAUGCCGUCGAGUCGAGGGCGUUGAGCUAUCGUCGUGACUAUGUUGACAUCUACACGGUGAGCUGGGGACCGAGCGACGACGGCGAGACAUUCGACGAACCGAAGGACAUGACACGCAAGGCUCUCAAAGACGGUGUACAAAAAGGAAGGAAGGGAAGAGGCUCGAUUUUUGUGUGGGCGGCAGGCAACGGGGGACAUAAUGAGGACAGCUGUGCAGCAGAUGGCUACAUCAACAGCAUCUACACGCUCGCCAUUAGCGCCGUCGACGCGUGCGGCAGAGCGCCACCCUACACAGAGAGCUGUACGUCUAUCCAAGCCGUUGCAUUCAGCAGCGGGGUGAACGGAACAGGAAAUAUUACGACAACCGAUUUACACACGACUUGCACGUCGCACCAUACGGGAACCUCGGCGGCCGCUCCUCUGGCCGCCGGAGUCGUCGCACUGGGACUCGAAGCGAACCCGAACUUGACGUGGCGAGACGUGCAGUACAUUACGGCAUUGACGUCGAAGCGAACCGAUUCGAGUCAUCCGAGUUGGCAUCGGAAUGGGGCCGGCUACUGGGUCAGUUCCCAGUAUGGGUUCGGACUCCUCGAUGCAUACUCAUUCGUUACGAUGGCUAAGAGGUGGACGACGGUACCCGAGCAGCACAACUGCAAAGUACUCGGUCAACUCAGUGCAAGGGAGUUCUCGCAAGAGACUCCAUUGGUGGUGAAGUUGAAUAUGGACGGAUGUGGCCGCGAUAAGAUGAUUCGAUAUCUAGAGCACGUCGUCGUGGUUGUCUCUCUCUCCCAUCCGUCUCGUGGCAACGUCGAGUUGACGCUCGUGUCGCCGUCUGGUACAGAAUCCAAGCUGCUGCCCUAUCGAUCACGUGACAAGUCGACUGUUGGAUUCGUUUGGUGGCAGUUCAUGACCGUUCACCACUGGGGAGAGAAUCCGAAUGGCAUAUGGUCAUUCAUCGUCCGGGAACGGAGCAGGAAAUGUCGGCGACGACGAACUCAGUUCUCGCCUCGCGUGAUACCAUGUCAACUCGAGUCUCUGUCUCUUCGAUGGUAUGGAACGGCUGAGAUACCGUUUGAUCAGAAAUCUGUGUAUGGACAUGAGAGUAGAGAGAUGCCGACGAAAUUUGAUGAGCAAGCACGAGUCUCACUCGGUAAAGGAAAACCAAACCUACGGGUUGAAGUACCAACUACUAAAGCAUCUCCAUCUCAAGCUGCAGUUACAAAAUCAAACGAUAAACUUAGAAAUGUGACCACCGCAUCUCAACCUGUCGAUGUGCCAGACGAAGGACAAGGACAAGGGCGUGUUUCAUUGAAGGAAGAAACAGGUGAGGUUGGUGUUGUCGACGAUGACAAGGAGAAAAACCAACGGAAUCUGCCUCGAUUCUUUUUUGGUGACGACUUCUCGAGUUUCUUUUCCAUUGAUGAGAAACCCAAAGAGAAUAGCAAUACUGCAGGGUAGUGUCGAUGAAUAAGUGCUGUUGCAAUGGGUGUUAUCGUGUUGUGUUGUAAAACAAUGGUACUGUACAGAUAGCAAACAUAAACGACUAAUAAUUGCAACUGCUAGAUCAGUUGGGAAUAUUGUCUAUUUUUAUUUGGAGAUAGCAGAGUAUUAGAAGAGGUCAUACAUCGGAGGCUUCUGAGAAGCCUCUGUUGAGAGUAUGUGAGUCUACUUACUGUGU